AUGUACAAUGGAUGUGGAAUAAUGUUGGAUGGUAGUUCACCGGCGAUCCUCCGGCGCUGCUUCGAUGUUGCCGAAGAUUCUAUCCAACGCGAAAUCAAAGCAGAGAGCCUCAGACUUCCACCGCAGAGUCGGAGCAACAAGUUCUUCUUGGAGGCCGGGGCCCUGGACGGACGGACGAUCUCGAAGACGCUGUACCUGGAGGAGAACCUCGGCUGGACGGGCCUCUUGGUCGAACCGAAUCCCCACCUCUUCCUGAAGAUGACGAACCAGAAGAGAAACGCCUGGCUUGCGCCGUAUUGCCUAUCGCCGAGUGAGAAUGUCAUUCACGCGGUGAUGGAGUACCCAUACGAUCCGAACGAUCCAAUUGCCUCGUGGGGAGGCGGGAUCAGCCAGAAGGGGAAAGUGAAGGGUCCGGUGAAGAAUGGGACGACCAUCUACUCGGCCCUGGUUAAGUGCUAACCGCUGCAUAUGCUCCUGGACGCUCUGGGCGUCCGGGUUCACUUCUUCAGCCUGGACGUGGAGGGCCUGGAGCUCCAGGUGCGCAAGACCCUGCCCUUCCACCGCAUCGCGUUCCACGUCGUCGAGGUGGAACACAUCUUCAACGACGAGGGCAAGGACAGCCUCAAGGGCUUCCUCCUCUCCCUGGGAUACGACCUCGUGAAGGACGAAGGCUGCGAGUUCAUUUUUGCCAACAAGACCGCUUCGAAAGGCUGAGGCUGAGGAAUUUUUGCGAAUUUUUUUUUGACGAAGAUUGGAUGCGAAACAAAAUAUUUAUACAUUUCUGCACGCGAGCGUGAAACUCCUUGGAAACAAAGUGUGGCAUGUUUAUUGAACGUUGAGGAAAAAUUCACCAAAAAACGAUGAGGGUUGCA